GCGUCUUGUGGAUCCUACUUUACCAGAAGUCGGCUGUUAUUGCACACAAGCACAGAUUGUUAACUAGUCUAAUUUAGUAUCGCCUGUGUUAUAAAUUAAUAGCAAUGAAGACGUUGGCAAAAGUUCUGAUGGUGUGCUGGCUGGUUGCGGCAGUGGUGCAAGGUACCACUCCGGAUACCAGUACUCUGGAUCCUCUGAGUUCCAGUUCACCAACCCCUGAUUCUACAAGUUCACUAAGUCCUGAUGCUUCAAGUCCGCCAACCCCCGAUGCUUCAAGUUCGCCAACCCCUGAGGCUUCAAGUUCGCCAACCCCCGAUGCUUCAAGUCCGCCAACUCCCGAUGCUUCAAGUCCGCCAACCCCCGAAGCUACAAGUCCGCCAACUUCUGAUGCUACAAGUCCACCAAGCCCUGAUGCUACAAGUCCACCAAGCCCUGAUGCUACAAGUCCACCAAGCCCAGAUGCUACAAGUCCACCAAGCCCUGAUGCUACAAGUCCACCAAGCCCUGAUGCUACAAGUCCACCAAGCCCUGAUGCUACAAGUCUGCCAUCCCCUGAUGCUACAAGUUCCAGUCCAGUUGAUGGAGCUACAUCUCCUAGCACUUCAGCUCCAGACACAGUGUCUCCUAACACGGCUGAAACCUCUCCUAACACGGCUGAAACCUCAUCUCCUGACGUCUCAACCCCACCUCCCACCACUGCACGUCCUGAUCCCUGCCUGUCAAACUCCUGCCCAGAGGACAGUCGGUGUGAGCCACGGUUUGACAGCUAUGUGUGUGUGUGUCUCACUGGACUGGUGCUACAGGACAAUACCUGCAAAAAAGCAAAUGUCUUUCCUGCUGACAUACGGAUAAUUAGAGAGUUUACCGAAGCCAUGAAAGAUAAGACUUCUGAAGAAUUCAAAAAGAACUCUGAUGAGAUAGUGGCUGAGCUCCAGAAAACACUUACUACUACAGAUGGAUACAUCACCUCCACUGUUCUCAGUCUCAGGAACGGCAGUGUGAUUGCUGAUGUGCAGAACAUCUACAAUUCUGAAUCCAGUAUCACGGCUGAAGAAGUUAAGGUGGCAUUCCACAAAGCUGCAGAGUGUCCUGACUGUUUAUUCGCAGGAGCGACUCUGAGCGACACUAAGCUGUGCGCUGCACCUGAUGCCUGUGACCUCCUCUCCACCACCUGCUCUGAAGCAGACGGAAAGCUGAGCUGUGAUUGCAAGUCGGGCUACGUGAAAACCAACUUCACUGACCGCUCUUGCUCAGUCUGUCCAUCUGGAUUUGAGGCCAAGGACAAUGAAUGUGUUAGCUGCUCCUUUGGCUACUCUGGAGUGAACUGCCAAGAAAGUUAUAUGCUAGCUGUGGUAGUGGUAUCCUGUGUGCUGGGUGGACUUCUGCUUAUCCUCAUCAUAGUCCUCAUUGUUAUCUGUUGCAAGAAGUCAAAGAAAAGCUCCCAUGCUAAGAAUAGUCCCUACGUGGACAUUGACUUCAGGAACAAAGCGGUUCCCAAGAUCCCUCGAGCCAACGCCAACAGCAAGGGCUGGGAACCGACCAACCUGGAGCUGGUGGAGAGCGGCAGCACCCGCGCCCUGGUCCUGUCUGAUCGCCAAAGCAACGGAAUGAAGAACUUCGGUAACCAGACUGGCAUUGCGUACCGGACACACGGUCACGUAAACCCCUAUUUUCAGAGUAAUGAGGGGCACUAACGGAGAAUACUGGAAAGGAUCCUGCAAUUAUGGACUCCAGAGGUUGUGCACCAUUCUGAACGGAAUUUAUUCCAAGUCAGCUAUUUCAAGAAUUUCAACUGAAACAAAGAGACAAACAGGACAAUAUAUUUUUGAUGCUGGGAUAAAGGAGUUUUUUUUUAUUCAAUUUAAUUUGUACAUAUCCAUAUUGUCACACAAACAUCACAUGCACAUGACAAAUGUUUUUCCUUUCAACACAGAAUCCUCAAAGUGCCUUACCUUAAAAUUUUUUUAUUUAUUGUUUUUUUACCCUCACUGCAUGCUAUGUUGGAUUGUGUAUUCACUGUCAUAAGAUGGACAACUUGAUGAAUCACAGCGUGCACACAAUAGCAACAUAACAGUAACUAGAUGAAGGACCAUGUUGUUGGGCAUCGCUUUCAGAGUGGUUUCAGAGUACUUUCAGAGUGGUUGUGUGAACAAUAGAAACUCUGACAGCCAACCAGAGUCCAUCUCAUUUUAAAGGCAUGACAUUGAAACGGAAUGAAUGAUAUCCAUGAAAAGGUUUCUGUCAGUUAUCUCUGGCACUGUGAAUAGGCUUGUACACUUGGAUUAAAAUAAUUCCUCUGAAUUGUAAACUCAGUUGUUUGCAUUCUGUCAUUCUAGUUUAUAUCCCUCCCUAUAUGACACGCCUUAGAUUACAAGUUCCAACCUUUUUUUUUUUUUAAUUUUCUAUUUUCUGUGAACAGUGAAAUCAGAUAGAUUGAACCGUUAAAUCCAUCUGAUUUAAAAUGCUCCUAUUUAUGAAUGUGUGUUUUUGGUGUUGAAGUACAGUGGGCUGGUACCCAGUUAUGAUUAAUGGGAUUCACAAAGGUUCCUUGCAACCAGGUUUGUAGCAUGUGAUUUUCCUGCUCAUCGAUGACUUUAACAACAGUUGUAGCUUUGAGCCUUUGAGAAGUUGUCCUUCUCUUUUUCACAACUUUUCAUGAUGUUUUCCAGGAGUCUGUGCCAAGUUCUGUAAAUAUGACAUAUAGAGAUGGAAAAAGAAGAGAUGUACAGUAUACUGUGGAAUACGGCUUUAACUGUGUUAUGCUUAUUAUAAACAAUAUGGGUGAUAUUGAAAUAAAAAAAAGACAAAU